CGCCCCUGUGCCUGCUAUGAAGUCUUUUCUCCUACAGGACUGCAGAGCUCACACUGCAGUUUGUAGCUGCCUACUUUCUCCAAGCAGCCGAGAGAACAGAAAAAUUCAGCAGCACCAAUGUCACAGGCGACGGCAUCCUAUCCAAGACUGCUGUUUGUUGGAACAGGCAGCUAGGGAGACAGACCCAGGCGGGCGGGACUUCUCGGGGAAGGAAGGAGCAUCAAACAGCAACAGCCGGGAAGCAACUGGUGGGAAAGACAGCUGUUACAAUAUGAUGCACUGUGUUGCUGCUGGGCAUCAGAUUGUUGCCUUAGCCAAUUUAAGGCCUGCUGAAAACAAAGAGGGGAAUGAUGAGCUGGACAGUUACAUGUAUCAAACAGUGGGACACCAUGCCAUAGAGCUGUAUGCAGAAGCAAUGGGUUUGCCUCUUUAUCGUCGUACUAUUAAGGGUACGAGUGUAGAAACUGGCAGAGUAUAUACCAGGUGUGAAGGUGAUGAGGUUGAAGAUCUUUAUCAUCUUCUGAAACUAGUUAAGGAUAAGGAAGCUGUGGAAGGUGUUUCUGUAGGGGCCAUUUUUUCAGACUAUCAGCGAGUCCGUGUGGAAGAUGUGUGCAAGAGGCUUAACCUGCAGCCUUUAGCUUACCUUUGGCGUCAGAACCAGGAAACUUUACUCAAAGAAAUGAUAUCCUCGAACAUUCAAGCAAUAAUAAUUAAAGUAGCAGCUUUUGGUUUAGAUCCAGAUAAACAUCUAGGAAAAACACUGGAUGAAAUGGAACCUUAUCUUUUGGAACUUUCUAAGAAGUAUGGGGUCCACAUCUGUGGAGAAGGUGGAGAAUAUGAAACGUUCACAUUGGAUUGCCCUCUGUUUAAGAAGAAAAUAGUUGUGGAUUCUUCAGAAGUUGUUGUGGAUUCAGCAGAUGCAUUUGCACCUGUGGUUUAUCUUCGACUGUUAAAAUUGCACUUAGAAGAUAAGGUGCAAUCUUUGGGCAAAGUCCUGGCUGUGACCUGUUCUUGUGAAGAAAAGCAAUUUGAAGAGAAUACAUGGCCCACAUCAGAUGAGCAAAAGGAAACUGCUUAUAUCACGUGGCACACCUCCAGGCCUACUUCUCUGAAGUCCAGCAAGGCAUUUGAAUGCUCAGGAAAGUCUCCACACGGUUACCAGUGGAUAACAGGCAUCAGUGCUCUCCUAAAUACAUAUGGAAGUGUGCAAGAAUCUGCUAAAAAUGGCAUUUCGUCACUCCAAGCUCAUCUGAAUUCAACAGGAUUGGAAUUGACAGAUAUUAUUUUGGUCCAUCUGUAUAUGAAGAGCAUGAAAGAUUUUGCUGUGAUUAAUUCAGUCUAUAUGACAGCAUUUGAUUUGUGUCCCCCAGCAAGAGUUUGUGUAGAAGUUCCCUUGCCUGAGGGAUUGUUGUUUCAGAUGGACUGCCUGGCACAUAAGUAUGAUGGGAUGAUUGGCGAUGUCCCUUGUCAACAGAAGCAGUUUAUGCAUGUACAGAGCAUCUCUCACUGGGCCCCUGCCAACAUAGGACCUUACAGUCAGUGCAUACAGGUUGGAGACAUUCUCUACUGUGCUGGACAAAUUGCGCUAGUGCCAUGUACUAUGCAGCUAGUGGGUGCUGGCAUGGAAGCAGAGGCUUUGGUUUCCUUAAGCCAUGUUGAAAAAGUCCUCAGAGCCAUGAGCCACAAUGCUGAACUCCACCAUGUACUUAUGGCAAACUGUUAUGUAACUGACAGCAAGUACAUUUCUGUUGCUCAAGCUGUGUGGCAGAAGAAAUUAAAAGAACUUCAAAAGACAGAAGACGAAGACAUGAAUAAUGAUGUACCUGCAACAUAUGGAGAACUGACUGUGGUUGUUGUGCCUUUCCUUCCCAGAGCUGCAUCCAUUGAAUGGCAUGUCAUUGCUGUAGUAGAUGAGCACCAGCAAAGGCAAAAAGAUGUGUUGGUGAGAUCACUUGAGAGCUUCCAAAUUAAAUGUGAAGCUGUGAAGUCCUGUCCAACUUGUAGUACCGCUAUUUCCAUAUCCUUAACCAUGACUUCACCAUCAACAUCUACAGUCAACUUAGAUAGUGUCCUGCAUGGCAUGGUGGACAUGUUUAAGCAAGCAGCAGAGAAGAUGUCAGCAGAUGGUGACACAACUGCUUUGUGUUUUAGAACGUUCUACCAAAAGAAUAUUGUUGACAUGGAGACACUGAAAGCAGGACUCCAAGUACAUCUCGAAGAACAAAUGGGCAAGAAAGCACCAGCUCUAGUCAUGGUGCCUGUGGUGGAUUUACCCAGCAAUGAAAUUAUUCAUAUAGCAUGUUGGCUCAGCAAGUAGUUAAGCAUCAACCACUGGUGCAUGCAUUCCACCAAAAGCAAGAAGGCAUCAUGUGAAUGUAUUGAAGAUGAUGGUGGUGCAUUGUCUGAUAUUAACAAAUAGACCUGUAGCUGAAACUUUUGGCAAAACGUAUCAUGGGAGUUUUGGAAUGUGGAAUUUAGAAGUCAGAAUCUCUCCUGUUUUGUAUUUCCCUUCAGAUUGUGCUUCAUUGUUUAAUGUAGCCUUUAUAGAAAAUUGCUAAGUUAACUUGAAAAAUUCCGUAUUUACAUGUAUGCUUCCUUCAGUAACUGUGGGCCAGAUUCUCAACAUGCUGCCUUUAAUUGUUAAUUUUCUAAUACUGGUGUACCUUCUGUUGAUCAGAAUCUUAUUCCAAGGAGAUGAGCUAUUUAUGCUGACACAGUCCCGUUAAGCUUAAUGUACUGUACUGUCAUAAAUACGGUAAAUGGCCCCAUAUUGCCCAAGAUCCAGAGCCCUAUACACACGAGGAUUCCAUUUUUAGCUAUGAGAGGCAAACAGCUGCAGAAGCUCAAGGGGCUCAUUCAUGUCCCAUAGCAGACAGCAGGAAAACCUAAUUGAGUACUCAGAUUGGAUCCACUGCCAAUUGGUUGUAAAAAAAAUGAAAGCUCAAGAGAGUGCCUCUUGGUAUUCAUAGUUUACAAAUCCAAAUUUAUCAGAUGUAUUUUGCAGCUCCAGACCACUGGUUGAGCCUUCCCUAAAUAGACAUUUCUGGGGAGGGAUAUCUGCAGGAGGCCCUCUCCAACAUGGCAGAAGAGAUGGACGAGCUUUAGAAGGCAGCAGCAGCACGUUCAGCUCAACUUGCUGGCAUGCUGACAGACUCGAGAUUGGGGUUACCAAAUGGAGACUCUUGAUGCUUUACUCUUUGCCAUAUUUAAUAAUGGCACUGCAGGUCCAGGCAUUAAUUUCUGCAUGGGAGCAUCCUCAGCUGGGUGUCUGCCAUGGAAGACAGUUGCUCAACUGGGGUCCAUACUUUAUUCCUAUUGUCCUAAAUGUAUUUUGACAUGACUGCCAUUAUCUUACUGCACCUAACUAUAAGAAGCAGCAUGUCUUCAUGUACGAAUUAACUUCCCUAAAACCAUUUGAAUAUUUUUUACUGUAAUUGAUGUAAAUCAAGCUAAACUUGGUCAAGUUCUGAAACAUGGAAGCCAUUAUAAUAACAGCAAAUGCAAAAUACAGUAUCUUCAGUAAUUCCAUGGAUUGUGUAUAAAGUAUAUUGCUGAACUGGGGUUCAUAUUUAACUUCCAUUGCCUUCAAUGUAUUUUGACAUGACUGUUUAUGGAUCUGGCUGCCAUGAUCUUUCUGCACCCACAAUAAAAAGUUUCCCCUUGUGCAAAUGUUUGACUGAUUAAAUCCUUCCUUUACACAACCUGAACCCAGGCUUCUGGCUAUCCUUCAGUGAACAUAUUCUGUGUUCUACCAGCAACCCUUCCUUCCUCACUCCUAGCAUCCCCAGCAGAUUGCUGGCCAGCUUUUCCCUGAAGAUAACAAGUGAGAGAAAGCCCACUUCUCUAGGUAAUUGGUUCCACUGUCAAACUCAAGUCCUUUCAAGACAUUUAUCCUAAUGUUCACCCAGAUCUACUCUCCUGUAGCUUAACUCUUUUAGAUCUAGCCACACCCUCUGAGGCAACAGAGAAUAAGUCUUUCCCUGUUCGGUGUGGCAGACCUUCAGGGCAGUACCCAACUAAACAAUUCCACUAGCACAAGCACUUUGGCUGUGCAAGAGAAGUUCCCCUCUCCUCUCAUUCCCCUGCAUGCCCCCUAAAUCUGCCCUGGAGAGUUGGGGGAACACCCAGAACAUGUUUAGGCAGGGCACAGGGAGAGGAGAGAGAGAGAGAAAGUUCAAUUGCAUGGCCAAAACUGCUUAGUGGAGCUGGAUGGCAGCCUUAGGUAUUGGAGAGUGUUGUCAUUCACCCUUCCACCUAGGGUGAAAGCAUGUUUAGUGGGAUGAUAGAGAUUUUAAUGGCUGCACUUAGAAAAUGAAACACCUUGCCCCAUGAAGUAUGGCUGGCCCCUUCCUCAUUUUUUCUCAUGGGUUACUAAAGUCCACAUUGUUCCAGCAGGCUUUUGCUUACAGAUGUUUUUAUGGUUGACCAAUUUGUUUUAUAUACUUGUUUUUAUGAAAUUAUAAAAUUAGAUGUCAUAUUUUUGUGGUAUUUUUGUGCAAGGA